AUGGGUUGGUUUAGCAAGCAAAAGGAAAUGGAUGAUCCUACAAAGGCACCUUCAAGAUCGUCUAGGAAACAAUGCUGGGAGUCUAGAGAUUUGUUCUUCGGAUGUCUAGAUAAGAUUAGUGUUGUUAACGCACUUGAUCCAAAGCAUCAGAAGGCUAUCAAGGCGUCGUGCUCUGCCGAAGAGGCAAAGUUUGAACAAGACUGUGCUACUAGCUGGAUAAGCUAUUUUAAAGAGAAAAGAGUCGUCGAUUUUAAGAGGGAAAAAUUCCUGAAAGAAAUGGAGGAACAGCAAAAAUGA